GACAAUUUUACAUUACGAUGAUGCACAAAAUCAAAAUUGAAAAUUAAAUGAACAUGCAUGUGUGCAAUGCGAUACCAUUCAAGAUGGAUCAAGUAGGUUCAAGUUUUUACGGUACUUAUUGGUAGCAUUGGCCGGCAGCAAAAUGGCGAUGUCGUUUUGCUGGGAAAGUAAAAUCAAAGAAAAGUUUGAUGUUAACAUUAGGCUACCGCGUGUGACAUGUAAAUAAUAAACGAGAUUUCGUUAGUAUAAUAUUAAAGGAACUAUUCUGAUCUGCGUAAAAUAACAUACUUUGAAUAUUCGAUGAGUUUUCGGUGAUACGUUUCUGACAGCGUGUCCGCAAUGGCCGAUGACUCUACCUCUCUGCCUAAAAGGCGUCAAUUGCGGGAAAGAACAAGAAAGUUAUAUACAGAUGAUUGGGCCAUAGGCGACGAGGAAAUCGAGGGUCGCAGGACUUUUCAACUCGAUGAAAAGAUCGAAUGUGAAAGAUACAACUUGAGCAAUUUCACUGGACUAUUCCGUGAAAUGAUUGGUUCUGAAUUAAAUCUAGCGUACCUGCAGAAACAUGGUCUUAGUAUACCAUUACUAUUCAGGGAUAAAUCUGGACUAGGAUUACGGGUUCCUAGUUCUAAUUUUACUGUCAAUGAUGUGAGGACAUGUGUCGGUUCCAAAAGAGUAUUAGAUGUAAUGGAUGUGAACACGCAAAAAAAUGAAGAUAUGACAAUGAAAGAGUGGCAAAAGUAUUAUGAAGAUCCUAAUAAGGAAAGGUUAUUAAAUGUGAUUUCUUUAGAAUUCAGUCAUACCAAAUUAGAAAAUUAUGUACAAUCACCUUCAUUAGUACGACAAGUUGAUUGGGUAGAUGUUGUGUGGCCAAGACAUCUAAAAGAAGCACAAGUGGAAUCUACGAAUCUUUUGGAAGAUAUGAUGUAUCCAAAAGUACAAAAGUACUGCUUGAUGUCUGUGAAAGGUUGUUACACAGACUUUCAUGUUGACUUUGGAGGAACCAGUGUGUGGUAUCAUAUCUUAAGAGGUGGAAAAAUAUUCUGGCUCAUUCCUCCUACAGAGAAAAACUUAGCUCUUUACCAAGAAUGGGUAUUGAGUGGCAAACAGUCAGAUGUAUUCUUUGGAGACAUGGUGGACAGAUGCGGCAGGAUAAGUUUAACAGCUGGCAUGACAUUGUUUAUCCCAACUGGUUGGAUUCAUGCUGUUUAUACACCUCAAGAUUCGUUAGUUUUUGGUGGAAAUUUUUUACACAGUUUUGGUAUUGAAAAACAAUUGAAAGUUGCGCAAGUAGAAGAACAUACAAAAGUUCCACAAAAAUUCAGAUACCCAUUUUUUACUGAAAUGCUAUGGUAUGUCUUGGAGAGGUACGUACAUGUUCUCCUAGACAGAAGUCAUUUGGACAUAACUGAAUCACAGCGUCAACAUUUAGUUCCACAGCAACACCAACACGUGCAUUUAACACCAUUUGAAUUACAUGGCUUAAAAGCAAUAGUUAUGUAUUUACAUUUGCUGCCUUCUACGAAGAAGAAUGUGCCUGAGCUGAUCCGCGAUCCUGUUGCCUUAAUUCACGAUGUCCGAUGUCUAGUAGAGCAACAUAGACACGAUAAUCCAGAUGCCGCGGUAACAGGAAAUCCUGUUUUACCACCUCCACCUCCGUUGACAAUUGCAGAAAGGGAGCGCUUGAGAGUAACUAAGAAAAGUUUUGCAAAGAUACAGAGGCAUCACUCGCAGGAAAAGUCCGAAAGAGCAUUCCCGCGGCGACGGCGUACUAGAUGUAAAAAGUGUGAAGCAUGUACAAGGACUGAUUGCGGGGAAUGUAUGUAUUGUCAAGAUAUGGUGAAAUUUGGUGGAAGUGGUCGUGCCAAACAAACGUGCUUAAUGAGACAAUGUCUGAGGCCUAUGCUCCCAGUUACGGCAGCUUGUAAAGUCUGUCGACUAGACGGCUGGGGACAACCACCUGCACCUUUAAUGGGCAAACCAACGCCGACAGCUACGUCAAGUUUAGUAGAAUGUUCGAUAUGCUUUGACAUUGUUCAUCCCGAGUGUAUAGGAUUGGAUCACCAAAAUAUAACCAUUAGCGACGAUUUACCGAACAGUUGGGAAUGUCCUCAAUGUUGUGAAAGCGGUCGAAAUCUAGAUUGCAGACCACGUCAACCUAAGGCUCGUACUCGAAAACUUUCUGUAUCUAGUGCAGCCUCGUCGGCACCAACAACAGAUUCCGAACGAGCUACUACACCAAGUAAACGUUCAAGACCCGAUCCCAGCGAUGCAUGGAAUGACAGAGAACCGGCUGAGGGUGAACAGCGAACAGCUUUACGUACACAAUUAGCUGUACAAUUAACUGGUUCAAGUAGUAAAUCAUUGAAGAGGCCCCAUGUGGUGGUCAGGCCUGUUCCACUUCCGCCUGUUCAAAGACCAGGGCCCGAUUUUAAUGGACAAUCUUUAGCGUACGACAAAACAGCAUUACUUGCUAUUUUUAGAUUUUUAAAUGCAAAGGACCUGGCGAAUUGUGCCUUGGUUUGCCGUACAUGGGCCAGAUAUAGCAUAGAUCCUAGUUUGUGGAGAAAAUUGAAUAUGUCUCAUUCUCAUCUGACAGCUUUACAUUUAACUGGUAUUAUACGCCGCCAACCGGAGCAUCUGUCUCUUGACUGGACAAAUGUUACUAAAAGACAAUUAGCCUGGUUACUAUGUAGAUUACCGCAGUUGAGAACGUUAUCUGUACAAGGUUGUACGUGGGCUGGAGUCUGUGCUUUGAGAACUUGCACUUGUCCACCACUUGUUACCUUAGAUCUUAGUCAUGUAUCUGGAUUGAACGAUUCAAGCUUAAGGGAAGUCCUCAGUCCACCUACAGAUUCGAGACCUGGUUUAAUCGAUAAGACUUCAAGGUUGAAACAUCUUAAGAACUUGUCUUUAGCUGGAUGUGAUAUCACUGAUAUAGCUUUGAGAUAUAUAGUUCAACACUUACCCUAUCUUGAAACAUUAGAUCUCUCUUCUUGCGGCAGGGUUACCGACGCUGGUGUAGCUCAAUUAGCAACUCCAUCAGCGCAGGCGGUAACAAACCUAGCAUCACUGAAUUUGGCGAAUUGUAGACUACUCACAGAGACAACGUUAGAUCAUUUGGUGAGAUGUAAAGUGCUUAAACGUUUGGACCUCAGACAUACGACUCAAGUUUCAACACAGUCUGUAAUUAAGUUUGCUGCGAAAAGUAUUCAUAAUUUACAUGUAACGGAUGUUAAGUUGGUGGAAGAAAAAAAGUUUAAGACAGAGGUUAAGGUUACAUGAAACAAUGCAUCCGAUUGUUACGAAGAUUUUCGGCAAGUAUAAUUCGGACACGUUACAGAAACAUGACGAAUGAUGAACGAUUAGACAACGCCGAAUAUCGACUAGCAAUUAUUUAUUAUCAUAAUAGUGCAUCAGCACCCUAUUGCAUCUUCAUAAUCUAAGGAAAUGGACCUGACUAGUAUAGUAUCUCUAUUUCAUAAUGUUCAGUUUUACCAAUAUCACUGUGCAAUCUGGGCAGUAACUACAUGUUAAUGUGCAUGUAAAAUUAUUUGAAAUGACCAAGGAAUGUUUAAUUUUCUUUGCUUUUAUUAUGCUGUUUUCCUUUGUGCCUGGAUAGUUAUGUGCAUAUUCUUGAAAUAUUUUGAUGAAUACAGGAUAUUAAAUAAGUAAUGCAGAUUCUAAACGAUACUUGUACGCGUGGUUCAUUCAUCAUAAUAUAGCAAUUUUUAACCUUUCUACUACACGCUAAGGUUAUGAACAGACUUGCAGAAAGAAACGUGGGGUUAUAGUAACCAUGUAACCAAAUUCAUUACUCGCUUAAUAUUCGGUAUUCUACUAGAUCGAAAUGAGUUACGUGCAUCGGUAUAGAGUUUUUACUGUCGGGUUGCUAAGAAACCGAACGUGCAGUAUUUUUUUUAUAAUUCUAUACGGGUGCAGAAACACGAAUGCGGGUAAAAAGAAUAAAUGUUGAAGUCCGUAGUGUUGAGAAGAGGACUCGGCGGAUUAGCAUAUCGACGUUAUUAAUCGCCGAUAUAUUAAUAGAAAACAAAAGAAAAAAGGUAUAUUUAUUUGUAUGUGUGUUUGAAUAAAUUUCAAACGCGGUCACUGACUCGAAAGUCGCAAAACUGAAGCAGCCUGUUGACAUCUGAACUCAUACUCUAAUUAUAGAAACGAAAGCGCGCAAUGAAGUAUAUUCAACUAUACCAUUUCAUAAGAUUAGAUAGGUAAAUAAUACUAUGUUUAAAAAAAACAUGUACAUUACAUGAAUGUUUUAAUUUUUGACCUAGAAACUACGUUAAACUUAAAGCCACAUGUUAUUAUGUAAACAAAUGUAUAUACGGUUCUUUUUUUUUAUAAAUCUACCUUUUAGUUUUAGUUUGUUGAUGUGCAUAUUAUGUGCGUAAAUUGAGAGUGAUAAUAAUAAUAGAGAGCAAUAAAAGUUUAAUUACCUGCACUUUGAAGCAGCUGUUGUCUCACAAAUUCGUUGAGUAUUCAAAGUGUCAUGCGUCGAUUAUCGAAUCUUCUCUCUGAAAAACGUGUCACCUAAAGGGCACACGAAGUAUUCGCACUAAAACUAAGCAUAUUUUUUCAACUUAGCUCGCAGUGCAAUGAUUUCAUUAUACUUGUUGACGACGAACUGUUUACCGCGAGAACAUUUUUUUUAUAAUUCAAGCAUGUUUUAGAAUCACGUAAGAUACAAAUAAUGUUCUAAACUGUGACACCAUUGUAUAGAAUAUGUAACCCACAGAGAACAAUAGUGAUAUUCUGACUUUCAAAUAUAAUUUAAAAUUUUUAAAAUA